AUGCUGUAUCAAUCCAACACCAUCCUGUAUCGAUCCAACACCAUACUGUAUCGAUCCAACACCAUGCUGUAUCAAUCCAACACCAUGCUGUAUCAAUCCAACACCAUCCUGUAUCAACCCAACACCAUACUGUAUCAAUCCAACACCAUGCUGUAUCAAUCCAACACCAUGCUGUAUCAAUCCAACCAUGCUGUAUCAAUCCCACACCAUCCUGUAUCAAUCCAAAACCAUCCUGUAUCAAUCCAACCAUGCUGUAUCAAUCCAACACCAUGCUGUAUCAAUCCAACACCAUCCUGUAUCAAUCCAAAACCAUCCUGUAUCAAUCCAACACCAUGCUGUAUCAAUCCAACACCAUACUGUAUCAAUCCAACACCAUCCUGUAUCAAUCCAACACCAUGCUGUAUCAAUCCAACACCAUGCUGUAUCAAUCCAACACCAUCCUGUAUCAACCCAACACCAUACUGUAUCAAUCCAACACCAUCCUGUAUCAAUCCAAAACCAUCCUGUAUCAAUCCAACACCAUGCUGUAUCAAUCCAACACCAUACUGUAUCAACCCAACACCAUCCUGUAUCAAUCCCAAACCAUCCUGUAUCAAUCCAACACAUGCUGUAUCAAUCCAACCAUGCUGUAUCAAUCCAACACCAUCCUGUAUCAAUCCAACACCAUACUGUAUCAAUCCAACACCAUGCUGUAUCAAUCCAACACCAUGCUGUAUCAAUCCAACACCAUACCGUAUCAAUCCAACACCAUACUGUAUCAAUCCAACACCAUGCUGUAUCAAUCCAACACCAUGCUGUAUCAAUCCAACCAUGCUGUAUCAAUCCAACACCAUCCUGUAUCAAUCCAACACCAUGCUGUAUCAAUCCAACACCAUCCUGUAUCAAUCCAACACCAUACUGUAUCAAUCCAACACCAUCCUGUAUUAA